AUGAAGAAGACCUACAAGUUUCAAACGCUCUUCUCUACUCUCAUCUUCCUCCUAUUCCUCUUAACACUCCUCCUGUCGAUUUCAAGAAUCGACGCCGUCAGCUCCGGUGGUGGCUGCCAACAUCCGCCAUCACAAAACAGCUGCAAGACAUGCAUAGCAGAGAAAUACGUAUGCCCUAAGUGCGUCCCGGUGCUCCGAUGCAUGGCUCGUUGCCUUUGGAGCAGUGUGUCUCAGAGGAAAUGCACCACCACAUGCGGCGGCGACACCGUCGCCAGGCCGUCGCUGCUGGACUGCAAACGCUGCGUUUCUAGGUGUAAGUGUAGCUGUGCGGCUUAGGAACUAAUCGACUUAAUGCUCUUUUUGAUGUUGAAAUAAUGUGUUAAAUGUUAGUUUUUUUUUUUUUUUUGAG